AAAAGAGCGCUUGGCUCACAGACAUCCAGGGAAAGAAGAAGUGGGCGCUUGUUCCCCCCUCUCUCCUCUCCUUCUGGCUUUUAAAAAAGUGAAACAACCCUUUGAAGAGGAAGAGAGGGGGGCAGUCCUGUACUCCCACCCAGCCUGGACUGCACGCAGCAUUUAUUGUGCCGACGCUAACCCAGAUACCAGACACAACACAGAGCCGCGGCCAGAGAACCAGCUGAGGACCUGACAGAGCACAGGCAUGAACGACAUCAAGCUGGCCCUGCUGGGAAGCCAGGGGGCUGGGAAAUCGGCUGUCCUUGUGCGGUUCCUGACCCGGCGCUUCAUCGGUGAAUACGCCUCAAACGCCAAUUCCCUGUACCAUAAGAGACUGUCAAUCGAUGGCAGGCAGCUGAAUCUGGAAGUGUUUGAUCCUUGUUCUCAGAGCUCAGAGGCCAGGUGUAUACUGGAGGAGCCGGUGGACUGGGCAGAUGGCUUUGUGGUGGUGUACAACAUCAGCGACCGCACUUCCUUCAUCAACGCCAAGAACAUCCUGCGGCAGAUUCGGGAGGCGCGCAUGGACAACUGCAAAGGGGAGAUGGAGGUUCCUGUGUGUCUGGUGGGUAACAAGCAGGACCUGUGUCACGUCCGACAGGUGCGUGAGGACGAGGGCCGCUGCCUGGCUCAGGAGAACCGCUGUCACUUCCAGGAGGUCUCAGCAGCCGAGAGCUACCAGGACAUCGCCAACCUCUUCACCCAACUCAUCCGGCAAGUGAUGGAGCACCUCAAGUACAGAGCCGACCGACGACGCUACAGCGGCUCCAAGUCUAUGGCCAAGCUCAUCAACAAUGUGUUUGGCAAGAGGAGGAAGUCAGUGUGACGGUUCCAGUGAAGUCAGCGGCUAAUCGGCUGGAGGGACUGGGAUGUUUUGUGUGGACCGUUGUUAAAGGGAAGUGGCCAAGAAGUUACACGCUGGGUCUGAAAACUGUUUAGUACAUACACAGCGGUCCAAACAUUAACCCUGCGUUCACACUGCGAGCAACAUGGAUGGUUGGUGGGAAGGAUUGGAUGGUGUCUGUGGGUCUGCAACUACAACAUUUACAGACAAACAUUAGUCUUGUACACAUCUUUGGCAAGUGUUGUUGUUUGUCUAGGAUGUAUUUAUCUGCUUUGAGUUAAGACAGCUUUUUAGAAAUGACCUAUUGUGUUAUCAUGUUAAAACAAAGCAGGCUGUUGGUUUCCAAUUUUGGGGUUGGGCCCCUUUGAAGGGGUCGCAAGAUGGAACAUACCCCCCACAUUUUUGCUAAUCAAAAUCAAGUUUUUCUUCAGACGUUUCUCUUAUAUUCAAGCAAACAAACAAAAAAAUCACUCACAACUUUUAGACGUUGCUCAGUUUUAUCCUUUUUUUAAUGCCUUACUUUUUUGAGUCUUAAAUUAUUCUAUAAAAUACCUUUUUUCAUUUCAAAGCCCUGAAAACCCACACAGGAUGUUUCACAGAUUCUUAUAAUGCUGUUAUAUUAUGAGAGGUUGUUAAACUACCAAUAAAAAUGAUAAAAUUGUCAAUUGUCCCGCCCAGGAGCAACAAAGCUGUGAGGGAAAUGUCACGCAAGCGCAGUCUGUACUUGCUCACAUUGUCCAAAAAAACAAACAGCUACUUUCCAAGAAUAAUCUCUGGCUGGUUUAUUGCUGUAGUUUUUCACAUGAAACCUGUAUAGGACUGGGAAGCUUUGAUUGGCUGUAAUUAGCUUCUCCUCCGUCUUUCACUCAUCAGACAUAACUGUUUGUCAUUAACUGAAAUCACAACAUGGAGGAAUGCAAGUCUGACAAGCUGUUGAUUAGCGAGUGACUUUUCCCCACUAAGUUUCCCUUGAAACUCCUUAAUCAGUGUGCUCACAUUGUGAACUCGGGGUUACUGACCGCCCCCCGCUGUUGGCUGUUUCUUUAAGCAUCUCAUUGCAGUUUUGCUUUGUCACUGGUUUAACCCUUUACUGUUAAACUGCCUUUCUGCAGGUUUUAUAUAAUGUUUUAAGUGAGGGAAAAGGACAGUUUUAUGCAUUUUACUGACACUUUAAUGAACAUUAUAUAUGUACAGUAUACAUUAUUUUUUUUUCAUAGCAAUGCUAUUCUUUGGCAGCCAUAGUGUUUGUUUACUAUACUGUUGAUUGUAAUAUGUCAUAUACUCUCUCUCUUAUAUUGCCAUAUGGUAGCCAUGACAAACAGCAUCAUUUAAAUGAUAUAUUGUGUAUAUAUUAAUUGGUAAAUUGAAUAAUUAUUGUAUUUAAAACAAACACUAACACAUACCAAUUAAGGGCAUGAACUAAUUCAAUGCUGUGCUGUUGUUAUGUCACCAUGAUGCUAUGAAGACUGUACCACACAUGAUGAAAAAUAUGUUCACGUAUGCAGUGUUUUGUAGACGUUCCUUUUGUAAAUACUGUAAAAACAUUGGCUGUUCCAGAGGAAAUUAAAGUUAACAUUGCUUAAUAAGA